CACGAGGGGCACCAGGGUAUGGUACGGACGAAACAGAGGCUACGAGACCUCUACUGGUGGCCAGGGAUGGACAGGGCGGUGGAAGAACAGUCAUCCGGCCUGGUGGAGAGAGCAAACAAGUCCAUCAAGGCUGCACUUCAGACGGCUGACCUGCAGAAGGCUGACAGAGCGGAAUGUCUGCAGGCGUUCCUGUUCGCGUACCGGAGCACGGUGCAGGCGACGACCGGACGCACACCGGCAGAGCUGCUUCACGGCAGGCCGAUGAGAGGCAAGCUCAGCGCGGCGGUGGACGUCGGUGGACGGCUUCCCGAGAGACCCGGAGAGCUGCACAGUCGGGUGGAGAAGAAGCAGGCGUAUCAGAAGAGGUACUUCGACAAAACGCAUCGAGUGAAGAAGCCGGACUUCGAGAUCGGAGACCGGGUACGGCAUCGUCUUCCGCCUCAGUCGCGCAAGGGCAGGCCCCGCUUCUCGCGCGUGAAGAAGGUGCUCGAGCGACGGGGACCAGCGAGCUACGUGCUCGACGACGGAACGAGGGUGCACGCGGAUCGGUUGACCAGCGGCGGCGGAGCGGUCACCGACAGCCGUGACGAGCAGCCGCAGCAGCGGAUCGACAGCCAGCCGGAGCAGCAGGCAGCUGGCGAGACGGCGGCCGAUGGCAGGCAGACUGAGCGCGACCAUGCUGAGACGAACAGCGAGCUGCCGCAGCCCGAGCAGCCGGCCGCACCUGACGCCGAUCAGCCGCUGUCGCCGACGCUGAGAACCCGGUACGGACGCGAGGUGCGACGUCCGGUUCGUUACGGAUUUGAUGAGUGAGCGUGAGUGAUGAGUGUAGAGGACUAUCGUUCAGUGAGACGUGUUGAGGACUAUCGUUAGUGAGGCGUACAGAGGACUAUCGGUUCUGUCCUGUUAAGGGGAGGAGAAUGUGGUGUCGUAAUGUCACGUGAGGUCGGGUCUCAGGACCAGUGCUGCCGCCUGGUGGUGACAUGACCCGUGUACGACCGGCUCGCGGAGCGGGAGUCGCCCGCUGACGCUUGAGCCGCGCGGAGCUGCGCUUACGUUAUUAUUUUGUAUCGUUGUUCUUUGCUUAUGUUAAAUAUAGGUACUGCGAGACAGUACAAAAU